CAGAAAGGAUUGUAACUUGGCAACAGUGUACGAUUUUUCAAUUGGCAUUUGUCACCAAUAAAUAGUCAAAAAUAUAAAUACAUUGCUAUUAAAAUUUAAAAUAUUUUUUAUUGGGAAAAAGCAUUUGUGCAAAAUAGUAACUGUUCAACGAAACAACCAUGUCAACUAUUGAUGCCCGAAGAGAGGCCAGAAGAAGGAAGAUUUUGGAGAAUUCCGGUAGUAGACUGCAAAAAAUCACUGGGGUACAAGAGCGAAAUACAAAUUUUGAUAUUGAUGGUUUCAAAAGCAUUCAAGUAAAUGGAGAAAGUCAUACAGAUCAUCAGCAACUAAGUGAGCCUUUUAACAAUUUUGUGGCGCCUUUACCUAUAAAUGCGCCAUUAGGACCCACAUCCAGUUCGAAGCCUCUGGAAGUUUCUUAUUUUAGGAACUAUAGAACCGUUAUUGUUAUACUGAUAGCUACUUUUGUAAAUAUUUUGUCGAGUCUCGCAGACGUUUAUAAUUUUCAAUAUGUAGACAAGAUCUUUAUUCCUUUGCUAUGUUUUGAAGCAGUAUGGCUUUUCUGGAAAAAAGAAGAAAAUAAUGAUAACAGUUUUGCCAAAUAUUUGGUACUGUUUAGAAGUAACAAAGGACAGCAGUUAGUUUGGAUAUUUAAAUAUUUAGCUCUACUUAAAAGCACAUUUAAAGACAUGGUAAUAUACUUUUUUGUCUUUGUAUCUAUUUUGUAUAUUAGAACGAUUGCAGUGGGUUCUUGAUAGAAAUAUAAAUUACUAUGAUUAA